AUGCAAAUAGACAGUGAAGUUUCUGCAGCCAAUGAUAGUGUUAGUUCAGGAAUACAACCUACCCCAAAAAACAUGCGUAGAAAGAAAAUAAUGAGAGAAAACGCACCCCGACAGAUAUCGGAGUUCCCGACCUGUGAAGAUAAUGGCCAACCAGGUACACCGUAUUAUUGUGCCACUUUAUCAAUGAGCCAAACCAAAGAUUUCCAUAGAAAACUGUAUGCAUCUAAGGGAAAAUGUAAACAAGAUAGUUUUAUAGUAGCAAGUUGUGAAGGACAGAAUUGCAAAAGAACUAAAAUAAACUUGGACUUAAACAAGAUAAAUGAAAUUGCAGCUACGAGCUACACGAGUAAGCCGAAAAAGAGCCUGUACGAGCUACCGCUUAACCAAUACCAGACUGUACUUUCAAUAAGAAUCGUACAAGGACGUUUUGGACAGGUGCCGUUGGUGGAGCUACAAAAUUUUGUAGUGUUUCUACCAGGGAGAGCGACGGAAGUGAUCAUCGAAAACCUAGAAAAUUUCACUCCGGGACGUUACGCAAUUGCGUAUACAGGCAGCGUGCCCAGCUCUUUCGGAGAUAAUCAAGUUCACCAUUUUAAGCUUAAGGAUCUACACGAAUAAGUAAGAACACUUGUAUUAUAGGCUAAUAUUGUUAUUCUCAAGGUAAAGUAAUAUUGAUUUGUUUUGCAUGAAAUUCAAUGGACCUUUCAGAUCCAUUCAGUGAAUCAGUCAAAAAUACUGUUAAGAUUUUUAAAAAAGCUUAUGAAACUCUUACUGAAAAAAAAAUGCUUCUGAAUCAGAUAAAAAACGCUGGAUAAAACUGAUUAAUGAAAAUUUAGUAAUUUUUCACAAAGCUCUUAAAAAUAAAUAUAUUAGUGUUAAUACACGAAAAGCUGUUCAUACUGGUGUGGUACACUUGAAAAGAUAUAAAUUUUUAUUACAGUCCUUUCAUGUAGGUCGUGGUACAUUUAGUACGCCAAAAAGAGUUGUAUGGGAAGAUACUGAGUCAACCUUUGUUAGUCGAAUUCAUACUGGUGUUAUUAUAAAUUUAAAACAUGUUGAUAUACAUGAUUUUUUCCUUGAUGCGUUCAAUCUAUUCGAACAUCAAAUACAAAAUAAAUUGUCCGUAAUGCCCAUUUUGAAAGUAAAUGGGACCUUUUGUGGUGAAUUUAUUAAGUCUUCGAAUGGUACAGAUAUCAAUGAUUUUAAAUAUUUCAAUACCAGAAAUCAAACUACAAAUUUACAACAAUGGUUCAAAGAUAACAUUGUUGAUAAAAUUUUGAACAAGCUAUCAGAAUUUCAAGAAAGAUUGAGUGGCUGGUCGUUAUUAAAGAUUAUCUCUUUAGAAAUUAAUAUAAAUAAAGUGGAAUUUGAUAACGUAAGUUCAUCAUACGUGAAAUUACCUACUCAAAUUGCUCGGAAAAAGGCGUGUAUCAAUAUAAAAAAUUAUAAUGAUAAUGCAUGCUUUGCCUGGUCUA